AUGGCUACAGAAGGUGGAAAGGAGACCUAUGUGGAAGACGAAGGGGCUGCCGGGCCCAACGGAGCGGGCGCAGUCAAAGCCAAACCACCAUUCAAACAACGGGCGAAGCGCCACUGCCUGCGCUUCUGGUGGCUCUGGUUCAUCAUCUUCGCCAUCGUCGUCCUGGUCAUUGUGCUCCCUAUCGUGUACGUGGCCUACCCCAAUAAGGCGCAGAAGCAGAUCAACAAGGCCCAGCUCGUGCCUCAGUCAAUGUCCCUCUUGGACCCAGCCCCGGACUCGUUCGAUCUGCAGCUCGACGACAUGUUCCAGUCCAAGUCUAGCAUGACAGCCAGGCUGGAUGCCUUCACAGCUGACCUCCAACUUCCCGGUGCCCACGUGCCAUUCGUUCGCAUCGACGUACCUGCCAUCAAAGCCGCCAACGGCAGCGUAGCGCACGUUCACCAGCGAGUGCAGAUUGCCAACACCGACCAAUUCGACCAGUACACCAAGACGGUACUCCUGAGCGACGAAUACUCCAUCUACUUGAAAGGCAAGGGUGGGUUGAAGUACGGCUCUCUGCCAAAGACGACGGUCAAAUACAACAAGAAAAUCACCAUCAAGGGCUUGAACGGCCUCAAAGGUCUGACUCUGACCGACUUCGCCAUCCUCACCACCACACAAGCGGACGGCGCCAACGCCAACGGUACUGUGACGAUUCCGAACCCCUCGAUCGCCACCUACCAGCUCGGCAACGUCAGCCUGGCCAUGUCAGUGGCUGGUCUGCCGGUCGGCACCGCCACGCUCCCCGAUGUGCUCCUCAAGCCCGGCAACAACAGUUUCCCCAUGCGUGCCAUCACCAACCAGACCGCCGUGGUUGAUCUCAUCUUCACCAACUACAAGUCGGGAAUUCUGCCCAUCGACAUUGUCGGCAACACCAGCGUCUAUGCCGGCAAACACCUGCCUUACUACGAGCAGGCCCUGCAAGCUAAUAAUGUCACCAUCCGCCUCGACGUCAUCAAGGCCCUAGAGGAUGCUGGGCUCGCUCAGUAUUUGGGGAUCAAUACCACCAGCACCGGAUAG